AUGGCCAGCACUCACAGACCUCCACUAGCUCGUUCUUCUUCCAGAGCAGGAGUAGGGCUGACUUCAAGACCUCCCUCUUCAAGGACACCAUCAGCAACCAGAAUAGGAACAGCGAUGCCUCCUGGCACAGCAAGACCUGGGUCUCGUGGUGGUUCAUUGACUACUGUAGGAGUUUUAUCAUCUCAGAUUAAAGUUGCAGACCGUCCAGUGACUCAACAGGGAUUAAGUGGAAUGAAAACUUCAAUGAAAGGUCCUCAGAGACAGAUAAUGGAUAAAACAUAUUUCCUUGGGUUGCUGAGAAGUAAAACAAAUGAACUCAAAACAGAAAUCAACAAGCUGCAGGAAGAAGUAGAGAUGUACAAGCAAGAGAAAUCUGUCUAUUUGUUGUAUGAAAAACGGGCAGAGGCUUUAGCUGGUGAAAUCAAAGAAUUUCAAGGUCAGCUAGCAGACUACAACAUGGUUGUGGAUAUCCUUAACACCCGUACAGAUGUGGCAGAAGUGAUUCAUGAUUACAAUAUGUUAAAAGUUCAGAAUGACCGAGAUGCUCAGAGUAUGGAUAAAAUUUUCACCGAAAGACAAGCCACAGAAAAGUUAAUUCAAGCUGUAGAAGAAGAUAUUGAACGUGAAAAGGGUAUAGCAGAUGAUAUAAUGAAAGACAUGUCGCAGGAAGAUCAAGCUAAAUACAUGGAAAUGAAGGCUGCUAAUGAAAAACUCUCCCAGGAUGCACUCAAUCUGAAGGAAGACAGUCUAAGAGAUGAAAUAGCAAACUCCAGGGUGAAACAGGAAGCGGUGCAGCUAUAUGAAAAGCUCCAUGAGCUCAAGGAACGUCGGGACCAAAUGAUUGCUGAGGAUAAGAACAUGGAAUCUCCAGAGGAGGAAAGGGAGAGAUUACUAAAGCAG